CUCUGGAACCCAGCCGAGGAGGUCGCCGGUCUCCGCGCUACGGAGCCAGCCUGCUCCCCGAUGCCAGCCUGCUCCCCGAUGCUGCGCGCCCUGCCCCGCGCGCUGCGCCUCUCGCGCCCCUGGAGGUCCCCGGGGGCCCGCGACUGCGCCUCCAAGGCGACGACCAGGACAGCCGAGAUCCAAGUGCACGCGCUGACAGGUCCAGACCAAGGAAUCACUGAGAUUCUGAUGAACAGACCUCAUGCCCGAAAUGCCCUGGGGAACAUCUUCGUCAGUGAGCUGCUGGAAGCGCUGGCCCAGCUUCGGGAAGACCAGCAAGUCCGAGUCCUGAUCUUCAGGAGUGGAGUGAAGGGCGUGUUCUGUGCAGGUGCGGACCUGAAGGAGCGGGAGCAGAUGAGUGCUGUGGAGGUGGGAAUCUUUGUCCAGCGCCUCCGAGGUCUGAUGAGUGAGAUUGCUGCCUUCCCUGCGCCCACUAUUGCAGCCAUGGACGGGUUUGCCUUGGGCGGGGGCCUGGAACUUGCCCUGGCCUGUGACCUCCGAACAGCAGCUUCCACAGCUGUCAUGGGGCUAAUUGAGACCACUCGCGGACUUCUUCCAGGAGCAGGAGGGACUCAGAGGCUGCCCCGCUGCCUGGGCGUGGCCCUAGCGAAGGAGCUCAUCUUCACAGGCCGGAGACUGAAUGGGGUGCAGGCCCAUGAGUUAGGCCUGGUAAACCAUGCUGUGGCUCAGAAUGAGGAGGGUAAUGCUGCCUACCACCGGGCACUGGCACUGGCUCAGGAGAUCCUGCCCCAGGCUCCCAUUGCUGUGCGACUGGGCAAAGUUGCCAUCGACCGAGGAAUGGAGGUGGACAUCGCAUCAGGGAUGGCCAUUGAACACAUGUGCUAUGCCCAGAACAUCCCAACCCAGGACCGGCUGGAAGGGAUGGCAGCCUUCAGGGAGAAACGCCCCCCGAAAUUUGUUGGCAAGUGAGCCCUCUUGAGUUCACCCCUGGCCUUCAGUUUCUUCACGAGAACAAUGAGACACUGUGAUUGGCACGGUGCCCAGAACCAAGGUGCUGCCCCAGCCACCCACUGCCACCUUCCACACGAUCCACAAGAUCGCCUUGGCUCCUUCUGGUUCUCUUCACUCAAAUAAGCUUUGGGUCUUUGUCACUGGCUCUGAUCACCAUGGACCACUGAGAAGGAAGCCCUCGUUUCUUCCUCACAGAAAAAAAAUCUAUCCAGGUUUAUUGGAACAAGUGUCAGGAGCCAGUCCACAGGCUCCAGCUCUCUACAGAUAACUCAGUGGAAAUUCUGGACAAACCAUUUAACCUCUCUAGAACUCAGCUUUUUUAUCUGGAAGUUAAUCAGUUGUGAUGACCUAAGAUCCUUGUGUUCAAUAAACAUGCUACAACCGUUA